UCAACGCAACGUGUGGGGAUUGCAAUUCACCUUACAACAUUUUUCCGAAAAAGGGGUGCAUGACCAACUUUGUAGAGGCCUAUGGAAGCAAAAUAAUCACCUGGCUAGAUUUCUACACUCAUGUCGUGUGUGUUUACGUGUUUUCUGAGGCGGCACUCACUACGUACGGUCUCAUGGCGCUUGCUUACAUCUAUGGGACAGAGGGGGCCAAGAAGAUUGUACUGUCCCUGCAUCCAAUCAUUGCUGUGACGCUAUGCAUGAGCAUACCCUACUCUGCCAUUUUCAUAGAUAUCUUUCCAUGGGAGGAGAUGGUGUUGUAUGGCUUACGCAGAUGCUCUAACUUACCAGUUAUCGGAAGAAUCUUUCCGGAAGAAUUUCCAAAUGCUAUACAGGAAGAGCCUAGGAAUACGUCUUACUAUCAAAUCGUCGGAGGAGGAAUGAUGCUGCCUGUUUAUGCUAAACUCGUGGGAGAUAUUUGGUUUAGUGGCACUGACUCAAUAUUGCACCGCCUGGUACUUGGCGGCAUUGCGUUCAUUGCUGUCAGAGGGAUCCUGUUAAUGUACGGAAGGCAAAAGUCCUAUAUACGAACUAAUACUAUGUCAAUUACCACCACUUAUCGAGCUCGACAGUGGUAAUCAGAAGAGAAAUGGUCGCAAAAGCACUCUUCAUCAACAAAUGUUAGUAAAUUGAU